AACUAAUGAAUGCGAUUUUUUUUCACUAUAUUCGAUCUAAUGGAUAUUUGAGGAAAAAAAUAUUUUAUCUUUACCUAGAAUUUAUAAAACCCUAUAUAACUCCUUUCCCCUUUUUGCUUUUCAAAACCACGGGAAUGCCUUUGGAGUUAAAUUUUACAAAUUUUUCAAUCUGAUUUUCUGCAAUUUUAAUCUUCAAGUGGUUGUGGUUUGUGGCUUUUGAAGUGAAAUUUUGCAAUAUCAGUCUUCUUCUUUGUGUGUUAUUCGACUGAGAAAGAGGAAAGAAUUAAUUCGUUACUCGGACUCGGCAGUUUCGACGGAUUCCGAGACGGGAUACGGAUCAGAUCCGGCAAAAAACGGUGGACACGGUGGUGGGUGAUAACUGAAGAGAAAAAGAAAAAGAAAAAGAAAACGAACUUCGAUUCGCAGAGAUGAGAGAGAAGGGAUAGAUAUGGUAGAAGAAAGAGAGAGAGAAAGAAAGCGUUUGAAACAAAUGAAUAAAAAAAUAGGAUUCACUAAAUGCCAUACACUCUUCUCUUUUGAAGGGAGAAUAAUAUAUAAAAAUAAUGUCAGGCACAAUUUUCGGGAAAGGUCAGCCUUGUGGGAGAAAAAAAAAAGUAAAAAAAAAAUGUCUCUAAGAUUUUCAUAUAUAAAUUGAUUCUAGAUAAUUAUAAAUACAAUUAGAUUAUUUUUAUAAAUUAAAAAUAUUUUAAAUAUCAUAAAAAAAUUCUAAUAAAAUAUUAAACCAAACUGCCGGGUAACGAAGUCUAUGAUUACUUCUUUCUUCUUUCUCUUUAAGAUAGCUUGGAACUACAAGAUUGGUAGUUUUUAGCCUUUACUUAUAGAUUAUAAUGCCAUCAUGGUUGCUAAUUUGAAAAGAUGGUGGAUGUAUUUUAACACAAAAAUUACUUCUAGAAUAACCUGCACUUUACUAGGAUAAAAAUGGCUAAAGAGCAUUUCUGGUCUGAAGAGAAUGUCCAAAAGAGUCUGAUUUUUAUCCUUUCCCUUUCAUUCUUCUGUUGGUCCUCAUUUAAUUUCAUCACUUUUUUACUUACGACUAGAUAAAAGCUGGCUCCUAAGAAAUGAGAAAGUUCCUUUCAUUGAAUAAAAUUAAUCAUACAUGAGAAGCUAAAGCUCAUUAUAUGUAACUCAAGUUCACCCUUUGAUGACCCUAGUCCUACCAGUAAUCAAAGGAACAUAUAUAGUUGGGGUCUAGAGAAGAAGAGAAAGAAAUAUACCUUUCUAGUAAUGGAUUAAAGUUGGAUGAUGCACUUGCACUGGAACAAAGUUAUUUUCUGGGAUCAUUCAGACAUUGACUAAGAAAGCUAACAGAGUUAAGCCAUCAUGUGCAGAGGUUUAGGUUCCAAAUCGAACAUGUAAAGAUGGGAGUGUUGUGAAUGAGAAGACAGCUGAAGUUGUGUUACUCGAUUUUUUUUCUAUCUUUUUCAUUUAUAAAUUUAAUCCGUUAAAAUGGAACUAGUUUAACAGCUGAUGCAGGCAAAAAACUGCCCUGCCCUGCUCUGUUGUUAUCUCUACUAUUUAUUAUAGCAAAUAAUUUAAUUUAGAACCCAUAGUAUUUUGGUAAACUUUUAUUACUUUUAUAUUAUCUAAUAAAAAAAAACCACAAAACCCUUGAAAAAGGCUGCCUUCCAUUUCAUAUAACCAAAAGAAAGAAAAAAUGCCUCCAAACCUUACUAAACCCAACAGUGGCUUCACUUCAAAGCCAUCGCCUCUCUGUACUUUUGUAUCCCUCAUUUUCCUCCUUAUUAUAGGUUUCUACACUCUCCAUUACCCACCUGGAAAUCCCAAAAAAGUCCUUCUUUUCCAGCAAAUAUUCCUCUCUUCUGCCUCCAACUCCACCAUCGCCUCCUACCUGCGUUCCCUCACUUCCCACCCUCAUCUCGCUGGCACAAAGCCUUCCCUUGAAACCAUCCACUAUGUCAAAACCCACUUUCAAAACCUUGGCUUGGAAACGCAUACGGUGCCGUUUCAGACCCUUUUGUCUUACCCCGUUCAUGCUUCGGUUUUAAUGCAUUUCGGCAACGGCACCGUGUUAAACUUGCCUUUAAACGAAAUGGGUAUUCCUAGUUAUCCAUCUUCAGGCUUGAUACAACCCUACCAUGCAUUUUCUCCGUCGGGAACGGUGCAUGGUAAGGUUGUUUUUGCGAACCACGGGAGGGAAGAUGACUAUCGCACGCUUGGGCUGAUGGGGGUUAAUGUUAAUGGCUGCAUAGUGGUAAUUAGAAAAGGUGGUGGUUUGAGUAGAGGGGCCGUAGUGAAAAUAGCUGAAAAAAAAGGCGCUUUGGGGGUGCUAAUGUAUGCUGAAGGGCAUGUUUCAAAGGGUAGCUUUGGGUCUGGAGUUGAAAGAGGGACAGUUAUGGAGGGAGUUGGUGACCCCUUAACUCCUGGAUGGGGUGCGGAUGAAGAUGGGGAGAGGUUGAAGUUGGAGGACAAGAAGGUUUUGCAGAGGUUUCCUGGCAUUCCAUCUCUGCCCUUACCUUUUGAGUCUGCUCAACUUAUUUUAGAUUCUCUUGGGGGACCUUUGGCACCUCAGGAAUGGAGGGAUUCCGGACGAUCUAAUUUAUCCCAUGUUGGAUCGGGUCUGGUUAUGGUGAAUUUUACUUACCAGGGGGAGAAAAAGUUGGCUACAAUUUACAAUGUAGUCGCUGUCAUAAGAGGAUUGGAGGAGCCAGAUCGUUAUGUUUUGAUGGGGAAUCAUAGAGAUGCUUGGACAUAUGGUGCUGUUGACCCCAAUAGUGGGACUGCAACACUCCUUGAUAUUGCUCGAAGAUAUGCCCUUUUGAUGCGAAAGGGUUGGAACCCUCGGAGGACAAUCAUUUUUUGCAGUUGGGAUGCUGAAGAAUUUGGAAUGAUCGGUUCCACGGAGUGGGUUGAGCAGAACCUUGUAAAUAUUGGUGCUAAAGCUGUGGCAUAUCUUAACGUAGAUUGUGCGGUGCAAGGGCCUGGGUUUUUUGCUGGCGCAACUCCUCAGCUAGAUAAUCUUAUUCUUGAGGUCACAAAGAAGGUCCAGGAUCAGGAUUCAGAGGUUGUAGCUACAAUAUAUGAAAAAUGGAAAACCAUGAAUGGAAACAAUAUUCAAAGACUCAGUGGCGUGGAUUCUGAUUUUGCACCAUUCUUGCAACAUGCCGGGGUUCCUUCUGUCGACAUAUAUUAUGGAAGAGAUUUCCCUGUAUAUCAUACUGCUUUUGAUUCUUUCAACUGGAUGAUAAACAACGCAGAUCCAUUCUUUUGGCGUCAUGUGGCUGUGGCUGGAGUUUGGGGUCUUCUAGGCCUUCACCUUGCUGAUGAUCCAGUUCUACCUUUUGAUUACCUCUCCUAUGCUAAACAGUUGCAGGAGUAUAAAGAUGCCUACAGCAGAGUUUUGGAUGGUAACAUAUCCCUCACCCCCCUAGCCGCAUCGAUUCAAGAAUUUACAUCUGCAGCAAAACAAGCUAACGAAGAAACAAAGAAACUAAUGGAGCAAGAAUUUACCAAUGACCUUUUAGCUUUGAAGAUCAGAGCAUUGAAUGAUGGGUUGAUGCUUGCCGAAAGAGGCUUCCUAGAUACAGAUGGAAUUAAAGGAAGGGAGUGGUUCAAGCAUCUUAUUUAUGGACCUCGCAGCAACUACGAGAGUGGAUUGGAGUUCUUCCCUGGAAUAUCUGAUGCCAUGGCUGAAUCAAAGAACAUGAGCCAAAAGGACGGGCAUGCAGCAAUUAAACACGAAAUCUGGAGAGUUGCUAGAGCCAUCCAAAGAGCCGCAGCUGCACUCAAAGGAGAACUUGUCUGAAAAAAAACUGAUAGCUGCAAGAGUGGAAGUUGAAAAUUAGACAGAGAGAGAGAGAGGCAUAAACUUGUACACACACACAUAUAUAUAUAUAUAUAUAUGUUUUCUGUUACAUUUAAAUCUAUGUCGGUAGCCAUUACCGAGCGUUUGCAAAUUGUACUCCGUGGCAUUGAUUAUGAAUGUAGAAACUCUUAAUUUUAAUUGAUGGUUGUUGAAAUCAUAAA